GCGACUCAUCGAGUCGGAAGAAAGAUGCACGAAGCGUUUGGACCGAGUCUGGAGGUAAACUCGAAAGGGCCAAACCCAGAAACGAAGAGGUGCGUGUCUGCCGAUGACGCGGUCAGGCGGUCAUUCGGCGAGACCGUCGUCGGCCUCAAGAGGAACCGUUUGACUGACAGACCGACCGGCCGACAAACCGACCAACCGACUUAA